GAGUCCGAGAUAGCUGACUCACAUUGAGGUCUUCAAAUUGGAGUUAGUCCAUGGAUUUUGAAUCGAGUGGUUGAAUUUUUUUUUUGAAAAGUGGAUAUGAAGUGGGGCGGAAUUGAUUUUUUUUUCUUUUUAAAACAUGAGUAUGGAGCAGUUAUGGUAAUUACUUGCUUCGCUCCGUCUUGCAUUGCUCUGUUAUAUAAUAUUAUCAUUUUAUUCUUAUAUACAUAACUAUUAAAAAGGUAAAAAUGUAAUAAUGUAUUAUAGAAACAAUUAUAUUUUUUAUGUUCAAAUAUUUUUCAGAAGAAUUAUGUUGAAAUAUUUAUUUAACUUUAAAAUAUUGAACCUAUUGAAGAUUAAAAGGUAACAUCUAUGGAGGUGGUAAUAAAUGAUGAAGUGGGCCGGGUGGUGAAGUAAAGCGUAUGAUUGGAUUUAGUAACAUCUAUCCCUCCUUGUUUCCAUUGUCAUCUUUAAAUUUACUAAUCUGAACAUAAUUAUAAAUAAAAAAGCAUUAAAAUUGAAAAUUUGUAAUUAUGGAUUUUUUCUCUGUAACAUUGAUGCGUGAAUAGGAAGUGUUUUUGUUAUAAAUUUCGACAAAAAAUUUAAUUUUGCAAACAAAAUUAAUGAGGUUGUCACGUGUCUUAAAUGGUUAGAUUUGAUUAAUUUAGUGAUUGAAUUAGUAUUUUUGUAGUUAGAGACUUAAGGAGAUGAUUUAAUAUAAUGACAGAAAUUCAUAAUUAAACCUUUAAAAUGCUUUCUAGUUUUCGUCGUGUUUGUUUUGAAAAUAAUAAUAUUAUAUUGUUAGCAACGUGUCAUAUCAGUUAUUAAAUCUGUUAAAAAGAAUUAAACAACGGAAAAGCCGUACAAAAUUCCAAAAUCGAUCAAAACAUUAAAUAGUACAAAUUUCAAAGGAAGAUUGGAUCAGGUUAAGUUCAAUUGAUUUUUAAAUAUUUUUUAAAAAUUAAUCAACAUUUUUUAAAAAUUUGUUGAAUUUACUAAUAAUUUUUAUUAAUUUAAUAUAUUCCUUUCUCGAUCCUAGAUUAUACAGGUCAUCGCUUCAGUGUUAGCGGAAAUUCAUCACACAAUUUCAAGUUCAAACAACCCCAGAAAUUUCCAGUUUCAUCACCUAUCACUUCUAAUCUAAAUUCAACUGUUUUUGAGUGUUUUUCAAGGGAAAAUGAGAAGAGAAAUUCAUAUGUUCUUCCUUCCAUUCUUGGCUCAUGGUCACCUCAUCCCAGUAGUGGAUAUGGCCAAGAUGUUUGCGAGUCGAGGAGUGAAGACAACUAUAGUUACCACUCCAGUCAACGCUCUUCUCUUCUCCAACACAAUCGCGAGAAGCAAGGAAUCUGGUAUCCACAUCGGUGUCGAGCUUCUCAACUUCCCCGCUGUCGACGUUGGGUUGCCUGAAGGGUGUGAAAACGAUGACUUGAUCCCUACUUCCCAAGACGGAAAUUUGGAAAUGAUUACCAAAUUCUUCCAGGCCUCACUCAUGCUUCAACAACCCUUUGAAAAGCUGCUACAAGAACGUAAACCAGAUUGUUUGGUGGCUGAUAUGUUCUUCCACUGGGCUACUGAUGCUGCAAACAAAUUCGGGAUUCCCAGGUUGGUUUUUCAUGGAAUUAGCUACUUUUCAUUGUGUGCAUCGGAGUGCAUGAGUCUAUACAAGCCAUACAAGAAGGUUCAGUCCGAUUCCCAACCUUUUGUGGUGCCUAACCUACCAGGCGAUAUCAAGUUAACAAGAAACCAAGUGCCGGAUUACGUCAAACAAGAUGCUGAAACUAAUUCUACCAAGCUGUUGAAAGAAAUCAAGGAAGCAGAGCUGAAAAGCUACGGCGUAGUUGUCAACAGUUUUUACGAGCUGGAGGCAACCUAUGCUGAUUACUACAGGAAUGUACUGGGGAAAAAGUCAUGGCAUGUCGGCCCAGUUUCGCUCUGCAAUAGGAAAAAUAUAGAUAAAGUUGAGAGGGGAAACAAAUCAGUCAUUGAUGAGCAGGAGUGUUUGGAGUGGCUUGAGUUAAAAGAACCCAAUUCGGUUCUUUACAUAUGUUUUGGGAGUAGGACCAACUUUACAUCUUCUCAAUUAAAGGAGAUCGCCAUGGCCCUUGAAGCAUCGGAGUUGCAGUUCAUUUGGGUUGUGAGGAAGCAAAAGAACAAUGAAGAAGAGGAUGAUUGGUUGCCAGAAGGAUUUGAGAAGAGAAUGGAAGGGAAGGGACUUAUAAUAAGAGGAUGGGCACCCCAAGUGUUGAUUCUUGAUCAUGAAGCCGUUGGGGGAUUUGUGACUCAUUGUGGAUGGAAUUCAACCUUGGAAGGCGUGUGUGCUGGUGUGCCUAUGGUUACUUGGCCAGCAUUUGCUGAGCAGUUUUACAAUGAAAAGUUGUUGACUCAAGUCUUAAAUAUUGCAGUAGCUGUGGGUGCUCAGAAAUGGGUGAGAGUAGUGGGAGAGUUUGUGGAAAGGGAAGCCAUUGAAAAGGCAGUGAAGGAGAUGAUGAAGGGUGACAAGGCAGAAGAAAUGAGAAACAGAGCCAAAGCACUGGCUGAAGCAGCAAAGAAAGCUGUUGAAAAAGGAGGGUCUUCUUACUCAGAUUUGGAUGCUCUGAUUGAAGAAAUAAGCUUGCGUUCUCAUUAAAUCCAUGGACACUUACCUGUCUUUAUACAUUCAAUCAUUGCUUGCAUCUUCAAUUGACCCUAUAAUGUUUUGCAUAUGGAUGGUGCAAUUCCUCAGCAGCUAGCUUCAUGUGUUCUUCCUUCCAUUCAUGGUCCAUGGCCACAUGAUACCAAUCGUAAACAUGGCUAAGCUGUAGCUUAAAUAAUUUUUUUUUUAGUAAUUUUAAACAUAAAAUCUUUUGGAACUGUAGCUUUUCGAUUUUUCUUCGACUGAAAAUUAAAUAUUGUUGCUGAUUUUUGCCCUGGCCUCUUUCACUUAUCAAUAAAUAAAGAUUGUUGCCACUUAAAAACGGUAAACUA